ACUACAGGCAGGCGGCUCGGGGAAGGAAGGCCCGUGCCAGCCGGGUGCCCGCUCAGCCCUGGCCCCCGGUCUUCCGCCUGGUGCGGGAGGGGCGGGGCGGAAGGGGGCAGGGCCAUCCCGCUUCUGGCUCCGUCCGUCCGUUUCCUCCACCUGUUGGCUCUUAGGAGAGCAAGGAGAAGAACCCUUUGUUCAGUAUCUCCAGGAAACUGAGAGGAAAGAUGUCCAGAAAGGUCAUUGCUCAGGGUCAGAUGUUAAGAUGAGGAUUGAAGAUGAGGAAUUAACUAUAAAACAAAGAAGUUUUGGAAAUGCAGAAUGUCAAAGACUCCAGGAUAAUGUUUCCCACAUACCUGUGUUUAGAGAAGCUAGUGAAUGGAAUAGUAAAAUACAGAGUCCAUGGGGUAAACCCAAGGCAGAGAGCCUGAGAGAGAAAAGAUGCUUCAGUGCAGUGACUGCCAAAACCAAGAAAACCCUGAGGAUAAAAAUAGGGAAAAAAGGUAAAGAAUUUGGGAUAAAUUUCCAUCUGAGCUCUAAACAACUUUCAUAUUAUAAAGUUGCUAGUGGACUAAGAAAAUUCAGAAAUGAAAAAUAUGACCACAGCUCCAGUUCAUCACUUCUACUACAUCAGAAAACGCAUACUGAAGAGAUACCUUAUGAAUGUAAGGAGUGUGGAAAAUCCUUCAGGCACAACUCGGGCCUUAGGAAACGUAAGAGAAUUCACAGGAGGCUUAAAUUCUAUGAAUAUGAUGAAUAUAGGAAAGUCUGUAAUAUGAGCUCAACUCUUUAGAAGCAUGAAAGGAUCCACAAUCCACACUGGGGAGAAACCCUGUAAGUGUGAUAAAUGUGGAAAGGACUUCAGUGACAAGUAUUACCUUAUUGAACAUCAAAGAAUCCACACGGGAGAAAAGAUUUGCAAAUGUAAGGAGUGUGGAAAAUCCUUCAGUCACAGCUCUGUACUUACACAACAUAAAAGAAUUCACACUGGGGAAAAGCCUUAUGCAUGUGAGGAUUGUGGAAAAGCCUUCAGGGUGAGCUCAGCACUCACAGAACAUAAAAGAAUUCAUACUGGGGAGAAACCAUUUAGGUGUGACCAGUGUGGGAAAGCCUUCAGUGGGUGGUCAGAUCUUAGACAGCACCAAAGAAUCCAUACUGGGAAGAAACCCUGGGAAUGUAAAGAGUGUGGGACAGCCUUCAGCCAUAGUUCUGGCCUUAGACAACACAAAAUAAUUCAUAGUGGGGAGAAGCCAUAUAAAUGUAAUGAGUGUGGCAAAGCCUUUAGUGAGAGCUCACACCUCACAGGACAUAAAAGAAUCCACACUAGCGAAAACCCUAUGAAUGUGGUCAGUGUGGGAAAGCUUUCCAUCAUAGUUCACACCUUACUGUGCAUAAAAGAAUCCACGCAGGGGAGAAACCUUAUCAAUGUAGUGACUGUGGGAAAACUUUUAGAGUGAAUGGAGACUUGACUGUGCAUAAAAAAAGAAAACAUGUGGGGAAGAAAUCUCAUGAACUUGAUGAAUGUGGAAACUUCUAUAAUUAGAGUUUAUGUUUCCUCUCUAUCAUUUCAUACCAAAGUGAAAACUGAUAAACAGAAAUAGGGAAAAUAAAGGCACAGCUGUGUAUGUCAGUUAUAAUCAAGUUUCCUAUAUUAGUCAAAGAGUCCACAGAAUCUGCAGUAGGCAAAUUUAUCAGGAUAUACAUACAUUUAGUAGAGAGGAGAGGCUUUCCUUAAUAUAGACAUUAGAUUGUUAUAACUUUAGGAGAGUUCUAAAAUGAAACUUAAAAGUUUUAGGAGGUAGAAGUCUGUUUGUAAAAAAGACCAAUAAGAAAAGAUAGGUAAGAGUAUUGUGUUUCAUGAGUUUGAUUAUAUAUGUACUAUUAAUUAUAUACUAGAUUUAUAAAUGCUAUGACAUAUAAAAAGUGUUGAUCUUUGUUCUAAGCACUCUGCCUUGCGAAUGGCAAAUAGUUGCAUCGAGUUAAGAAGAAGGGUAUCUAAUAAAGCAAGUUUCAAAUACAAAAAGGACGUGACUUUGAAUUGGUACAUUAGGUGGAGAACUGUUAUCAGUGCCAGGCUUUGCCCGAGUGUACUUGUAGUUAAAAUCAACCAAACUAAGCACCUUAGUAUAUAGAAAGGGCAUUAAAUUCAGAAGACCUUGGUUGAAAUUCUUACUUUGUGUAACUGGAAAAAUGGGUUAAAGGACUUGGCUAUUUUAGUCCUUUUAGCAUAAUUCCAUAACUGGUUUUCAGAAUGACUGAACUGCUUCACAGCUUCAACAGUUGUAUAUUACUCUGCUUGUCUUUCUGCAACAAUAAACACCCAUUUUUUCCCAGUUUUUUGCUACCCCCAACAUGUGCUACAACAAAUGUUUUCACAUAUAUGGGACCUUUCUGUCUUUGACUUCCACAAGGAUAGCAUGUGAGACUUUAUCAAAUACUUUGCUAAAAUCUAGGUAAACUAGGUGUGUGACAUUUCCCUGUCUGGUUAAUAAACCUUUCAAAAAAAGAAAUGAA